GAGCGAAAAACGUCACAGAACACGAGACAAACAUGGAGGGGAAGACUCCGGACGCGUUCUCAACUGCGCCGAAACCUCUUACACCUGCUCAGAAACAGCUCCUUAAAAGACAGCAGGAACUGGAAUACUGGAAGAGGAACUCAAAACAACUGCGGAGCCGGAAUUUAAUCACCGGCCUGACCAUCGGAGCCUUUGUGGUGGGCCUAUUCAGCUACACCAUUCUCUCAGUCAGGCAGGAGAAAAUCAUGGAUGAGAUUGACGAUGAAGCAAAGAGCUUCGUCAUCAAAGGGCCUCGGACAGGGGCCAACUCUUAGACGCUCCUGUGUCUCAGUGAUGUCAUCUUUACAAUGUUGUCUUGAUGUUUGGGACUGUGGAACUCUUGCAUUCAGUAUCAAUGAACAUAUUUUCCUGUGGCCACAUGAUGUGGUGCAAAGCAAGAUGUCCAAAUAAACUUGUUAACUGUUG